UUUGUGUGUUUAUGCCUGCAUGACCGUGUGUGUAUAACUUUUGUGUGCAGGUAUGAAAUAAUCCUGAAGCAGAGUGUGGGGACAGAGGAUCUGUUUUUGGGCUUGAACGGAAAGGACCCGUCCUCCAUGUGCUGUGAAGCCAUGCUGGUGAAAAUCAAACUACCAGACACUAAAGCAACAGAUGUAGUCCUGGAUGUAAAAGAGAAGUUCCUUGAUCUACGGACGCCAAAAUAUAAACUGGGUCUACAUCUCCCACAUCCGACCCACAGCCACGGGGGAAAGGCUCAGUUCUUCAGCGAGCGGGAGGAACUGGAGGUAACUCUCCCAAUGAAUCGUCCCAUGGAUUUUAUCAACAUGCAAUAAGAAGGAACGCUAUUACAAAGAUGCAGAGUUAGACAUGAAGCCGGUCCACAGAGGAGAUGACGCAGGCAUCUUUUAUGGGUCAAAGAAAAAGGUGGUCAGAGAAAUGGUCAGCAUAUGCAUAACCUGUUUGUAUUUUGACAUUUGUUCCCACUGAUGACUAUUAAAAUGUCUUUCUAAUAAA